GCACCCGCUGCGGGCCCGCACCUUUCUCUUCUUUUUAGUUUACUUCUUUAAUUAUUAUUUAAGCUGCCGGUUGGAGUAGAGGCAUGUCAUCCGUUAAGAUUGAGUGUGUUGCUAGUGAGAAUUACAAGAUUGGGGAAUCCCCUGUCUGGGAUGAAAAGGAAAACUCGCUCCUGUAUGUGGACAUCACUGGCAAAAAGGUUUGCAAGUGGAAUUCCCUCACCAAGCAAGUGCAAGCUAUUUCUGUGGACGCUCCUGUGAGCUCCGUGGCUCUUCGGAAAUCUGGGGAUUAUGUCAUCACCCUGGGAACCAGGUUUGCUGCUUUGAAAUGGAAAGACCAGUUGGUAACCACCAUUACUCACGUUGACAAGGAUAAACCAAACAACCGAUUCAAUGACGGGAAAGUGGAUCCUGCAGGAAGAUAUUUCGCAGGUACGAUGGCUGAGGAGAUUCGACCUGCCGUGCUGGAAAGACACCAGGGCGCUCUAUAUACGCUUCUCGCUGACCUCUCGGUAGUGAAGCACUUUGAUCAAGUGGACAUUUCUAAUGGGCUGGACUGGUCACUGGAUCACAAAACCUUCUUUUAUAUUGACAGCUUGUCCUAUUCUGUGGAUGCCUUUGAUUAUGACCUCCAUACUGGAAAAAUUGGCAACCGUAGGAGUAUAUACAAAAUGGAAAAAGAGGAAAGCAUUCCUGAUGGGAUGUGCAUCGAUACAGAAGGCAAACUUUGGGUAGCUUGUUACGAUGGUGGGAGAGUGAUUCGUCUUGACCCUGAGACAGGAAAAAGAAUCCAGACUGUGAAACUUCCUGUUGACAAGACAACUUCCUGCUGUUUUGGAGGAAAGGACUAUUCAGAAAUGUAUGUGACUUCUGCCAGUGAAGGGAUGGACAAAGACUGGCUUUCACGACAGCCACAGGCUGGUGGAGUUUUCAAGAUAACUGGGCUAGGGGUCAAAGGAAUCCCACCAUAUCCAUUUGCAGGUUGAAUACUCACUCUUCAGAAUGGAUUAAAGAGGACUGAUUUAAGCGAGAUGAGUUAGAAGGUCUUAAUCUGGUAUUUGGCAUCUUGUGCUUCAAAACCAUAACCGUGUUGUAAUCUGCCAUCAGAAAAAGAAGAAAAACUACUGAAACGCAUGGAAUAUUUUAAAACUGAUUAUUUUUUCCUUUGAACUCUAUUACUUUAAAUACCUUCUGGUACUUUUCCUGUUGUGCUAAGAAGAUUCUCACCCUCAUAAACUAUUGAAUGUUGUAACUUUCUUAAUAGUAAACUAAUUUGUUUUAACA